AUGGAUGUGGAAGCCCUAACCCCAGAGAAUCUGUGCUUGACUAUUGCCAACAAUCAGGAGCCCAAUCGCAAAGCCACCUCAACAACCAAAACUUGGAAGAGACAGCCAAAGGCAGAGGGUAGGCUGUCAAGGCAACAAGGUAUUGUCCUCAAACAAGAUGAAUCUGUUGAAGUCAAGAAAAGGAAAGAUGGCAUUAACACCAGAAUUCUUAAAGACCCCUGGAUACAGAAGCUGAAAAGCAGAAAACCUCACUUCAAAAAUGAAAGUCUGCAGCAUCCCACAAUGGUCUCUGAGCUACUUGAAGAGGGGGGGAGAAGCUGGAAUAUUGAACUCCUAAAGGAGCUUUUUGAUGACUCAAUUAAGCACGGAUUAGCCGGAACCCUGGUUCCCCAGCCAGAGACAUUUUCGGUGGCAGGUCCUUCUGGCUCCAGUAGUGGCUCGGGCGGGCCCGAACCAAAGGGGCUCAAGCAGAACUUCAACCCCGACGAAACGCCCUUCGCGUGCGCCGCUGCCUUUCUUUCGCCCUAUCGCGCCUGCGCCGACAUCCUCUGUGGGAUCUACCUUCAGCGUUAG